AUGUGUUUGGGACCACAGGAACGAUGCGCUGUCCGUUUUGUGGUUUACUAUGUUAUGUCGGGGUCUGAACGAGUGACAGAGAAGGUUGGAAAUGAGCGAUAUUCUGUGUAUGGAAGCGCAGGAAUGGAGCGGUGUCAGGUGGACAGAGGUAUGGAUCGACAGCAAGUUGUUGGUGUUGGUGUUGGAAGAGCACAAAGAAUCGAGGCGAUUAAAGCCAAACCUGAGCUUGGAUUGAAACUGCAGAUGGAAAAAUAUGGGAUGCAACUGAUCAAUGAUUCAUCGCAACGGGUGCCGGCUCCGAGUAUUGUUGGCAAGAUGCGACGAAGAGAGCUAAAACCGUUAGGCACCCAUGCAGUGGGAAGCACAUGUUUUAGAGACCCCCCAACGUUAUCACUUAUGGUGGAGAGGGCAGCUAAAAGAGGGCCGCCAGUACAAAACGCAGCAGGCGAGGAGGUCAGAAAGUGGAAGGUGGUUGAAAAGGUGGUACAGAAAAAGGCCAACACAGGAUGA